GAUUUGUGAUUUGAUUAUGUUCUCCGAGUCAUUUCGUGUAAAGUAUUUUUUGUUUGCUAUGUUUGGGAAAUGAAGUUUGUGAUUGUUGAUUUUAGAUUGUGAUAUGGACAUUAUGUCACCGAAAAAAUUUUAAGUAUCAUUAUUAAUAGCCAAUAUGUGUACUUUUAAUUUUUCUGGCUAUUUAGAAUUUGAAGCAGUGAAAUGAAUGCUGUAGAUUUUGAGUUUAAACCUCCUCCCGAGGCCCCUGUUUUUGAACCAACAGCUGAAGAGUUUAAAGAUCCUCUAGCCUACAUUGCAAAAAUCAGACCUAUUGCUGAACAGACUGGUAUAUGCAAAAUAAAACCUCCCCCGGAAUGGCAGCCACCAUUUGCUGUAGACGUGGACAAUUUCCGGUUUACUCCUCGUAUGCAGAGAUUAAAUGAGCUUGAAGCUACAACAAGAGUAAAGUUAAACUUCUUAGAUCAAAUAGCUAAGUUUUGGGAGUUGCAAGGUUCUUCGUUGAAAAUUCCCAAUGUUGAAAGAAAGGCACUUGAUCUUUUCACACUGUAUAGGGUUGUCUUAGAGGAAGGUGGUUCUGAUAUUGUUUCAAGAGAAAGAAGAUGGUCUCGAAUAGCAACACGAAUGGGUUACCCACCCGGCAGGGGUGUGGGCUCCCUAUUACGUCAACACUAUGAACGUAUCUUAUAUCCUUAUCAUGUAUUUCAAGAAGGAGCCACACUUGGGGAUUUGAAUCAGAAUCUAAAUGAGGAUUCAGACUGCUCGGACCAAGAUAAAGAUUACAUUCCUCAUGGUAUACCCUCUCGGCAAGCGAUAAAACCACCCGAGGAUCGCUAUGCUCGCCGCUCAAAAAGGCGGAAGGAGGAAGAGAAUCUUGAUGGGAUUGAUUACUCAACAAAUAGUGAGCUAAAGAAAUUGCAGUUUUAUGGAGCUGGUCCCAAAAUGCCGGGUUUUCACGCUCAAGGUGGUAAUUCUGAAAAUGAAGAAGAAUCUAAAGCAUUUUUGAAAGAAAACCAUAUAGAAUGCUUUAAAGAUAUUAAAAUGGGUCUUGGUGCUAAAGAUUUAAAGAUGGGAUUUGGUAACAAAUUAUCAGGAAAUUUUCUGAAAGAAACAAGAACCAUGGGAGCUGUGGAGGCUGCUAAACUGGGAAGCAUUUUAAAAAGAAAAGAUAGACCAAAAGGAAAAACUCCUAUUGAUCAAAUUGUGUGCAAUAUGUGUGGCAGAGGUGAUGAAGAAGCCAGUAUACUGCUUUGUGAUGGUUGUGAUGACAGUUAUCAUACAUUUUGUUUAAUACCACCUCUUGCCGAAAUACCAAAAGGUGACUGGAGAUGUCCUUGCUGUGUUGCCAAGGAAGUGAAUAAACCUCAAGAAGCAUUUGGCUUUGAGCAAGCUCAGCGAGAAUAUACACUACAGGAAUUUGGGAUGAAAGCUGACGAAUUUAAAACUACUUAUUUCAACAUGCCAGUUCAUAGGGUACCAUUUUCUCUUGUGGAAAAAGAAUUCUGGAGGAUUGUCAAUGCAGUAGAUGAGGAUGUGACAGUUGAAUAUGGUGCUGAUCUUCAUACUAUUGAUCAUGGUUCUGGCUUUCCUAACAGAAAAACCAAAAGCUUAUUACCGGGAGAUGAUGAAUAUGUGACAUCUGGUUGGAAUCUGAAUAAUCUCCCCGUUUUGGAGGGAUCAGUUUUGAAGCACAUAAAUGCAGAUAUAUCUGGAAUGAAAAUACCUUGGACAUAUGUUGGAAUGUGCUUUGCCACCUUCUGUUGGCAUAAUGAAGAUCAUUGGAGCUAUUCUAUAAACUAUCUUCACUGGGGAGAACCGAAAACUUGGUAUGGUGUUCCGGGCGGGAAAGCUGAAUCCUUUGAAGAAGCAAUGAGAUCUGUUGCUCCUGAAUUAUUUAAUGCACAACCAGAUUUAUUACAUCAACUGGUGACAAUUAUGAAUCCCAAUCUCUUGAUUUCCCAAGGAGUGCCUAUUUGUCGGACUAAUCAACUGGCAGGGGAAUUUGUUGUUACAUUCCCAAGAUCUUACCAUGCAGGGUUUAAUCAAGGUUACAACUUUGCUGAAGCAGUGAAUUUUGCACCAGCAGAUUGGCUUCCUAUUGGACGAGUGUGUGUAUCUCAUUAUGGAAUGCUACAUCGCUUUUGUGUGUUCUCACACGAUGAACUUGUGUGCAAGAUGGCACAAGAUCCAGAUAAACUAGAUAUUAGUAUAGCUGCUUCUACUUAUCAAGAUAUGCUGAAAAUGGUUAUGUCUGAGAAAGAGUUGAGGAAGACACUUUUUGAUUGGGGUGUAACACAAGCUAAUAAAGAAGUGUUUGAAUUGUUGCCAGAUGAUGAGCGGCAGUGUGAUUACUGCAAAACCACUUGUUUCCUAUCUGCUGUUACUUGUUCUUGCAAUAACAGUAAGAACAAGUUGGUCUGUAUUCCUCAUAGAGACAAGUUAUGUUUUUGCCCUCCAGAAAAACAUAGUUUAAUGUACCGGUACACAUUGGAUGAACUUCCUGGUAUGCUACAACGCUUGAAAACUAGAGCUGAAUCAUUUGAUUGUUGGUCCAUCAAAGUAAAAACUGCCUUGAAUGCCACUGAAAGCUCAAAAUUGGGUAUAUCAGACUUCAAAGAGUUGCUUCAGGAAGCAGACGAGAAGAGAUUUCCUCAGUCUGAGCUCUUACAAAAUCUUUCAGCUGCGGUUGAGGAGGGUGAGAAAUGUGCAGCUCUCGCUCAACAACUUUUGAGUCGAAAAGUGCGAACGAGAAUGAGGCAAGUUGGAGAAACAAAAUCUAACUCUCGUCUUACAUUAGAAGAUUUACAGUUAUUCCAUCAUCAACUUUCAACUUUAGCAUGUGAAAUAAAAGAAGCAUAUCUGGUCAAGGAUCUGCUGGACAGAGCCGUGGCAUUUGAAGCUGAAGCAAAAGAAAUUCUCAAUGAUGAUAAGACAGAUUCUAAAAAAGUAGAAAAGUUUUUGGAAGCUGGACUUAAUUUGGAUAUUGAUAUUCCCGAGAUCCCGCAACUAAAACAAAGGCUUUACCAGAAGAGGUGGUUAGAAGAAGUAAAUGGUUCCCUGAUACACCCAGAGAUGGUUACUCUAGAUAUGUUGCGUAAACUCCUUGAUAAGGGAAUCAACAUACCUCCUGACCAUACCGUAGAAAAAGUAAUGGCUGAACUUCAAGAACUCCUGACUUUUGGAGAAAAGUGGGAAGAAAAAGCCAAAAUGUGCCUGCAAGCUAAGCCUAAACACUCCUUACAAGUUCUGGAACAAGUUGUUAAGGAAGCAGGAAAUAUAUCAGUUCAUCUUCCUAAUGUCAUGCAAUUGGCUGAUGCUGUCAGAAAAGCAAAGGACUGGAUUGCAAGGGUACAAGCCUUACAGAGCGGAGAGCAUUAUCCUUAUAUUGAAGUCUUAGAGUAUUUAGUUUCGAAAGGUAGACCUAUACCAGUGAGACUUGAACAGCUGAAUCAAAUGGAGAACCAUGUGGAAGCUGCUAAAGCAUGGAGGGAGAAAACGGCUAAAACAUUCAUGAAGAAAAACUCACAGUAUUCUCUCGUGGAGGUGCUUUCUCCAAGAAAAGAUAUUGGUGCCCCUCUCACAUCAAAACGUAAAAAAAAAGAGCUGAUAGAAAAUGAAGAUAGUAUAUGUGAAGAUUCUGUGAGUUUGGAUAUAAGAUUAGAAGAAUCCAGAGAGACAUCAGCAUUUGUUGCUAAUUUCAAAGAAGCUGAAAGAAAGGAAUAAGAAUCAAUAUUGAUGUUGCGU